AAAUGUCAGGCUUUCAAGUGUUUUUUUCAAGUGAAAAAAGAACCCAUCAAAGGCUGUGUCUUUAAAGACAAAAUUUAUAUUUGUCUCAUUCUGACCUCAAUUAUCCCCACUUCUCUUCUAGUAUUCUAUUUUUUAAGCCUUCCAAUAAACCACACCAAUUCUCUCAAGUUGAAAUCAAGAAUUUCAAUAUUAAAAUUACAAGGAGGGUGUUUCAUAUCAGCAAAGAGGUUAUAUAAUUAUCAAAUGGAUAACAAUAGGUAUGGUAUAAUGAGACAAGGAAGUGGAAUAUGGAGAUCAUUAAGAGAUUCAGAUUUUGAAGAAGAAGAUAUUUGGGAUGUUUUAAGAGACCAAAAAGAUUCAGAUUCCAAGAAUUUUGGAAAAUCAACAGAUUCUUCAAUUUCAUUUUCAAUUUCAAGAAACCUUUCUGCUGCAAGAAUGAUACCACCAAGAGCUAAUAGUAGUGGCAGCAGCAGCAGCAACCAUUCUUCUCAUGAAACCAAUUUUGGAGUAUCAGUACACCAGCAAUCAGCACCAGUCAACAUUCCUGAUUGGUCCAAGAUUUCUAAGAAGAAAUCUUCCAAAAAUGUUGAUUCUUGGCAAGAUCCUAAUGAUUAUGAUGAUGAUGGUGGUGGUGAUUAUGAGUCUAAUAAUCAAGAUAAUUAUGUUGAUGGUGAUUAUGAUGAUGGGGAUAAUAGCUAUAGAUUGCCUCCACAUGAGGUGAUUUCAAGAAGAUUAGCAAGAAGUCAGAUUUCUUCAUUUUCUGUUUUUGAAGGUGUUGGGAGGAAACUCAAAGGGAGAGAUUUAAGUAAAGUUAGAAAUGCGGUUUUGACCAGAACUGGAUUUCUCGAAUCACCUUGAUCGCAAGAUUCUUAUCUAAACUCGAUUUCAUGAAAAGAUGUAUUUAUCCGACCAAAGUUAGCGAAAAAAUUGUAGGAUUUUCUAAUAUUGAUUGGUCAGGUUCAUACAUUUUUUUACGGUCUCGGUCUAUUUAAGAAUUUUUUAUUUUUCUAGUGUCACAUUGUAAAGGAAUGUGAUGAUCUUGAUGAUUCACCUUCUUGUAUAAAUUAUAUAUGUAGACUGUGUUUGUGGUGGCUGAUUUUUUUUUGCUUUGGGUGUUUAUUAUAGUAGCUAGUGGUGAUCCAUUUUUAUGUAAAAAAUAACAAGGAUUAAGUGCAAGUUAUGUCUAUUUAGAAAUUGGAUUUGAUUGCUUUGAGA